AUGACAAACAUCCUUCCGACAUCCGUGUCCACAGCCAGAGGCACAGCAUUUUGGUGUGUUUUGGGAGUUCGUACGAGGCUAAUUUAUUUUGUCCCAAGCGGCAAUACGUUUGCUGAUAGAACUGACAACAUGUUUGGAGCGGUAAUUUUGAGAGGAUUGCUGGCCUGUCUAUUCACUUUACUUUCAUUGGAUGUACUUCCUUGUUUGCCUGUCGAUGGAGAGCAAAUCAACCCGUUGGUGCUGGAGGAGCUGCUGCUGUGGGUGAGUGGGGGCGCUGGCCAGGUGAAUACCUACAGGAUCCCCCUGCUGACCUUCACCCAGAAGGGGAGCCUGCUGGCCUUCUCGGAGGCCAGGAAACAAAGCGAAGGCGACUACGGCGCCAAGUUCAUCGCUAUGCGCCGCUCCACAGACAAAGGCUCGACGUGGGGUCCCACCUCCUUCAUCGUGGACGACGGCUCGCUGGCGGACGGCCUGAACCUGGGCUCGGUGGUGAUCGACGAGGAGACGGGCGCCGUGCUGCUGAUCUACUCGCUCUGCUUCCACCGCUACCACUGCGAGCCUUCCAGCACCAUGCUGGUGGAGAGCCUGGACGACGGCAUCAGCUGGAGCGCGCCGCGCAACCUCUCCGUCACGCUCGGCGUCCGCAGCUUCGCCCCGGGCCCGGGCUUUGGCAUACAGAAACGCUACCCUCCUAACGUUGGGCGCCUGGUGGUGUGUGGUCACGGCUCGAUCGCGGGGGACGGGGUCUUCUGCAUCCUGAGCGACAACCACGGCAAGACGUGGAAGUACGGCGCCGCGCUGAAGAGCAUCCCCUUCAACCAGCCCAAACAGGCCGGAGACUUCAACCCAGACGAGUGCCAGCCGGUGGAGCUGGAGGAUGGCAGCAUCGUCAUCAACGUGCGUAACCAGUACAACUACCACUGCCGCUGCCGCAUCGUGGUGCGCAGCCUGGACGGAGGCGAGUCGCUGCCCCUGGAGGAGCUGACCUUUGACCGGACCCUCGUGGACCCCGCCGUGGCCGCCGGAGCCCUGCAGAAGGAAGGCGUGCUCUUCUUCACCAACCCAGCCAACGACAAGCAGAGAGUGAACCUGACCCUGCGCUGGUCCCUCACCAACGGCUCGUCGUGGGAGAAGAACUCGGUGCAGAUCUGGGCGGGGCCCAGCGGCUACUCCUCCAUGACGACGCUCAAGAGCGACGACCCCCAGGAUAGGAAGUACAUCUAUGUCAUCUACGAGAAGGGACACAAGGACUACGACGAGUCCAUCUCCUUCGUCAAGGUCCAUCUGUACGGCGGGAUGCGGUGAUGGGUGGCGUGGAAAGUUGUAGGAUGGAUCAGUUUUGAUGGCAGUGAUGGAUAUUCAAGUGUAAAGAAAUCCGCACACUGUCCAUUCCACUUUAAUAACUUUAAUACAACGUUUCGGUCAUCCGACCUUCUUCAGGACGUG